AUGGUCAAAAAGUACGUUCUCGUCUCCGGAGGUGUCAUCUCGGGCAUUGGCAAGGGCAUCAUCGCCUCCUCGACUGGUCUCUUGCUCAAGACUAUGGGUCUCAAGGUCACCUCGAUCAAGAUUGACCCUUACCUCAACAUCGACGCUGGAACUCUCUCUCCCCUCGAUCAUGGCGAAGUCUUUGUCUUGAACGAUGGCGGCGAGGUCGACCUCGAUCUUGGAAACUACGAGCGCUACCUCGAUGUGACCUUGACCCGGUCCAACAAUAUCACUACCGGCAAGAUCUACAGGGAUGUCAUCGAGCGUGAGCGCAAGGGCGAUUAUCUCGGCAAAACCGUUCAGGUUGUCCCUCACAUUACAGAUGCCAUCCAGGAUUGGGUCGAGCGCGUUGCCACCAUUCCCGUCGACGACUCUGGCGAGGAGCCCGAUGUUUGCAUUAUCGAGCUCGGUGGCACCGUUGGUGAUAUUGAGUCCGCCCCCUUCGUCGAGGCCAUGCGUCAGUUCCAGUUCCGCGUCGGCCAUGAAAACUUUGCGUUGAUCCAUGUCUCCUUGGUUCCCACCAUUGGAUCCGUAGGAGAGCAAAAGACGAAGCCUACCCAGGCCUCCAUCCGCGAUCUCCGUGGACUGGGUCUCUCCCCCGACUUGAUUGCUUGCCGCUGCGAAAAGACCGGAUUGGAUGAUGGUAUCCAGGCUAAGAUCUCCAUGUUUUGCCACGUCCAGCCCAAUCAGGUCUUGGCUGUCCGCGAUUGCAGCUCUGUCUACCAUGUGCCCGAGCUAUUGAAGGACCAGGGAUUGAUUGAUUUUCUGUGGAAGCGUCUGAAUAUUGAGAAGACCAUUCGCAUCACCGAGCCGCUGAGGAUUAAGGGAGCCGAUAUGUGGAUCAAGUGGAACCAAUUGACCGCUGCUCAGGAGCGACUUCACGAUACCGUCACCAUCGUCUUGGUUGGCAAGUACACCAACCUUCAGGAUUCAUAUGCUUCAGUUGUCAAGGCUUUGGAGCAUGCCAGCUUGAACUGCCGCAAGAAGCUGAUCAUGAAGUGGGUUGAAGCCUCGGAUCUGGAGCCAGAGACCCGUACCGUCAGCCCUGUCAAGUACCACGAGGCCUGGCAUGACCUUUGCUCCGCCCAGGGUAUUUUGGUUCCCGGAGGAUUCGGCAAUCGUGGUGUUGAGGGCAAGAUUGCUGCCGCCAAAUGGGCCCGCGAACAAAAGAUCCCUUACCUUGGUAUCUGCUUGGGUCUUCAGAUUGCUGUCAUUGAGUUUGCCCGCAACAUCUGUGGCAUGCCUGACGCCAAUUCGAUCGAGCUGGACGAGAACACCUCUACGCCUGUUGUCGUCUAUAUGCCCGAGAUCAGCAAGACACACCUCGGAGGCACCAUGCGUUUGGGCGCCCGUCCCACUGAGUUCCAGCCCGGCACUGAGAAUUCGGCUAUCCGCAAGUUGUACGGAGGCGGAUUGACCGUGCUGGAACGCCAUCGUCAUCGCUAUGAGAUCAACCCUGAGCUCAUUGAGAAGUUCGAGGCAGAGGGUCUUAAAUUUGUCGGCAAGGACGAGACUGGCCAGCGUAUGGAGAUUGUCGAGCUGGCUGAUCACCCGUAUUUCUUAGGUGUCCAGUACCAUCCUGAGUACUUGACCCGUCCCUUGAAGCCCUCGGCUCCCUUCAUGGGUCUCAUCUUGGCGGCCGCCGGUGACCUCCAGAGCCACUUGGCUGCCUUGUAAAGAAACACCAGGAUCAAUUGGACAUUGGGUGCAGGACACUGGACAGUUGGCGGACCUCUUUUUUCUACCUUCAGCAACUUCGACAUCUUCACUGUACAUUACUUUUCUUUUCUUUUUCGCUAUUUAUCAUUUUCUUUUCUUUGUUGCUUUCAACUAUCAUCUCACUAUUGUCAUCAUCAUCAUAUCCAGCAUUUUCGAUCCAGGGACAUGGUUAAGCAGCCCGCUCUGUCCCCAUGAACUUGAUCCGGCACCAACAUAGAGCAUUCGCAUAUUCUAAUCAUAAUAUAAAAUAAAAAAAAGCAAAAAACUUAGAAACCAUUACCAAGUGAGUGUGAUAUUGAAC